GACUGGUAGGAAACGGUGACCAUCUCUUGUCUCUGUCUCUCUCAUCUUAUCCCACCCUGACACAUCUCGCAACCCUCGACCAUCAUGGCGCUAGCCACCACCGCUGCUGUUGCAGCUACCGCCCUGUAUCUCGACGCAAAGUACCACAUCCGCAAAGACGUCGCGACCAUCCGAGAGCGAAACAAAGUCACAGCGAAGAAUCAGAAGCUCGUGAAAGAGAAUAGACUAUCCGCAUACUAUCAAUUCGAAGAGCAAGCGUUGCAGCGGAAAGAUGCACCUUGCAUAUGGUAUCGACCCGACCCUGCUCAGCCAGCAGAGGUGCACAGCUGGACGCAAACAUAUAAUAGCGCGCACAGAUAUGCGCAGUUCCUCCUCGAUCAAGGCGUACGGCCAGGCGAUCUUGUAGGGACAUAUCUGAUGAACUCACCCGAUUUCAUGCAUAAUUUGCUGGGUUUAUGGGCAAUUGGCGCGACUGCGGCCAUGAUCAAUUAUAAUCUGGCAGGCGAUGGACUCAUUCACUGCUUGAAGAUUGCGAACAGUAAGAUUUUGAUCGUCGAUAGCGAUGAGAGUUGCCAGCAGCGGAUACACGAACUUCGGGAGAAGCUUGAUGAGCUAGGCGUACGCAUCGUCGUACUCGAUGCGGACACCAAAAGGAGCAUAGAGGCCAGAGAACCACGGCGGCCCGACGAUACAUACAGAGACGGCGUGACUCCAAUGUUCCCCCUCUUCUUGCUUUAUACAUCGGGCACGACUGGCCUGCCCAAGGCCUGCGGGUGGCCUGCGAUCGCUGCAACAUCCAUUACGUUUCCUCGUUUGCGAUCCACGUCCCUGCAACCAGGCGAUGUGUGGUAUGACUGCAUGCCGUUCUAUCAUGGGACCGGUGGAACGCUAGCAAUGACCUGUAUGCUGUCAGGUGUAACUCUCGCCAUUGGUCGCAAAUUCAGCGUGCGUAAUUUCUGGAAAGACGUUCACGAUUCAUCUGCAAACGCAUUCGCCUACGUUGGCGAGACGGCGAGAUAUCUACUUGCAGCACCACCUUCGCCAUUGGACAGGUCCCACAAAGUCCGAGCGAUGUAUGGAAACGGUCUUCGCGUAGAUAUUUGGGAGAAGUUCCGGGAACGAUUUGGAAUUGCCGUCAUCAACGAAUUCUUCAAUAGCAGCGAAGGCAUGCUGUCUAUGAUCAACGUAUCACGCGGGCCAUUCCAUACCGCUCACGUUGGACACCAUGGGUUGCUCGAACGUCGAAGAACACAUAAUAUGUACGUUCCCGUCGAGAUCGAUCACGAGACAGGCAACAUCUGGCGGGAUCCCAAAACUGGGUUUGCUCGUCGAGCACCGUAUGAGCAAGGCGGCGAGAUCCUAGUUGCUUGCAAGAGCACCUCCGAUUUCAGCUACUGGAAUGACCCAGCAUCUACAGAAAAGCGAUUCGUACAUGAUGUGUUUCGAAAGGGCGACGUGUACUACCGCACAGGAGAUGCUCUCCGACGAGACGCAGAUGGAAGAUGGUUCUUCAUGGAUCGACUAGGCGACACCUUCCGAUGGAAAUCAGAGAACGUCAGCACUGCUGAAGUCGCAGAAGUCCUCGGCCGCUUUGAAGGAAUCAUCGAAGCCAACGUGUACGGAGUCGAGUUACCCAGCCACGACGGACGGGCCGGUUGCGCGGCAGUAUACAUUCGUCCAGAGAUGCGAGACAGCUUCGAUUACGCUGCGCUACUGCGGCACGCGAGGAAAGGCCUACCGCGAUACGCUGUCCCAAUAUUUCUACGACUAGUCGAAGCACCUUCAUUAAUGCACAACGGAAAGCAAUCCAAGGUGGCGCCGAGGAAAGAAGGAGUUGAUCCCGACAAGAUCGCAGCAGGAGAGAGUGGUAAAGAUCAGAUCGUGUGGGUCAAGCCCGGAGCUGAGACGUAUGUGCCUUUUACGAGGAAUGAUUGGAAUGAGCUCGUAGGCGGGAAGGUCCGACUAUGAAGGAUGAAACGCUUUCACUCAUUGUACACCGCGUACAUCAAAUUUUAACAUUUUUGGCAUCCGGUCCCCAAUCCGCAACGGAUCAUUGUAUGCAUGGGAUCCCAGCAGCGGCCAUGACUUUUCACGUUGCUUUCACGUGGGCCGAACACCAACGGAAUCUCGAACACUGGGCUGGCGUUCUAGGCCUCACUGCGAUCUGCGCUGUAGGUCCUGUCUCUGUUUGACCAAGGUGUAUGACUAGCAUUCGAGAUGGAGAAUCUGUGUAACGUCGUCUGAAUUCGCAGGACGGUAGAAUUUGUAUCUGAUGAAAAAUUUAUGCCUUUCUAUCUCUCAAUCAUAUCUUCGUUGAGCUCUUACACAAUCAAAUGAAAUUUCCGCAAAAAGAGGGAUAUUACGCUAACGCCAGCCAUGCCUGCCUAUGCUUCUUCGAAAUAGUGAAAGAACAACAUAUUUAGCAACCAUUGUAUCCUUGUUGCUGCCACAUCUUGACGCUCUUGAUGACCAUCUCUCCCUUCUUUUCCCAGGUAGGCAGCCAUUGUGAUCGGGCGUUCCAGAAGUCUCGUUUCGCAGUGUCGGAAGCAUCAACCCAUGGCUUGCCGUUGACGCCGUCUUCGAACCAACCAUUCGUGCCUCCCACGGCAACGUUGAGGAUCAAGUAGAAAUCUUGAUCGAAAGGCGUACUGUCCUGGCCAGUCUGGCUCCACGGGUCCACAAGUCGGGUUCCGUUCUGAUCGGAGGCAGGGAAGUUACCCUUUGGCCAGAAGGGCUUAUCGAAAUUGACGUACAUGACUUGCAAGAGGCGCGUGUCGAUGUAGCUGAAAAUGUAUUUCUCGUUCCACUCAAGUCCGUAGGUGUGGAAUUGAGAGCUGUAAGUUGUGUGCAGCGCUUUUCGCUUCACGUUGUUGCGCCACCAGGCAUCGUUGCCGGGAUCGGGACCCCAAUGAAGUGUGGAUGACACAAUGUUGUUUCCUCCCAUUGGGUAGGUAUAGUUGUUACCUCGAGAUUCCAUAAUGUCAAUCUCUCCGGAUGCGGGCCAUGGACCAUAGGUGUUGUUUACCGGCAACAUCCAGAUGGCUGGCCAGAGCCAAUCACCCUCUGGAAUCUGCGCGACUACUUCGACGCGCCCGUACCUAAUCUUUGCUCCGGCUUUUGUGCUCAGACGGGCCGACUUGACAGGAUUGAUGAUAGUACCGUUUGUGGUAUUGGUAACCGCAACGCAGUUUGACCAGAUAUCAGAGGAACAUUCACCGCUC